AUGCCUCAUCCUCCCUGGUUGCUUCCUACACGUAUCUUCUGCAUAGUGAAUCUUUUCAGCUUGCUUUUAGGCCCAAGUCUGUUUUGGUGGGUCACUUUAAGAAGGACGUCAGAGCUUGGAGAGGCUACGGACUUCCUCAGAAGAAGCCAGGCUGAGCUACUUCUCUGUGUAAUUCGAGCAAAUCACUUCAUUUUACUGAGCCUCAGUUUCCUCAUCUGUCCAAUGGUUACAAUCCAUUUCUUUGUCUCUAUGGGGAAAAAGAAAUGCUGGAUUCAUGAUGGCAAGAAUGCUUACAUUGAGGCCAAAGUGAAAGGGAGUGGAGAUGAUGGCAAAAAUGUUGAGACAACAGAUGGAAAAAAUCCACGUAUCAAGGAAGACAAAGUCCAGCACAGGAACCCACUGAAGUUUGAAAUCACGAAAGACACAGUAAUGCUGACUCAUCUCAGUGAAGCAUCUGUGCUGCAUAUCCUGAAGAGGUGCUAUUGGAUGGUCUAUACGUAUUCAGGUCUCCUCUGUGUGAGCAUAAACCCUUACAAGUGGCUUCUAGUGUAUCAGAAAGAAGUCGUAGCUGCCUACAAAGGCAGGAGGCGAUCAGAGGCUCCCCCUCACAUCUUCACCGUUGCCCAUAACGCCUUUCAGGAUACGCUUCACAAUUGAGAGAAUCAGUCUGUACUCUGUGUAUUUCCCUGGCUUUUUAUUUUUGGCCAACAUCAUAGUGGAGAAUCUGGUGCUGGAAAGAUUGUGAACAUCAAACAUAUUAUCCAGUAUUUUGCCACUAUAGCAACCACAGAUGAGUCUAGGGAAAACUCAGGGAACUUUAGAGAUCAAAUCAAGCAAGUAAAUCCUAUCUUGGAAGCAUUUGGAAAUGCCAAAACCCUGAUAAAUGACAACUCUUCUCAUUUUGGCAAAUUCAUCAAGAUGCAGUUCUGUGCCAGAGGCAAGCUGUCAUCUGCAGACAUUGACAUCUAUUUGCUUGAAAAAUACUGGGUGAUUUUCCAGCAGCCUAGAGAGAGUUGCUGCCACAUAUUCUAUCAGAUUCUGUCUGGAAGAAAAGAACUUCAUGAUAUGCUCCUGGUGCCUGAAAAGCCCUCUGACGUUCACUUCUCUCAUGGGCUAGUUUCUGUGGAGAGCUUGGAUGUUGCCAAAGAACUGCUAGCCACAGUGCAAGCCCUGGCCCUCUUGGGCUUCCUUCCUGAUGAGAACUAUGGAUCCUAUAAACUCACUGGCAUCACACACUUCGGAAACAUGAAAUUUAAACAGAAAUCCAGAGAAGAGCAAGUGAAAGCAGAUGGCACAGAAAGUGCUGACAAGGCUGCUUUCCUUAUGGGUGUGAACUCCUCUGAGUUGGUGAAGGGCUGAAUCCAUUCUAGGAUCAAAGUUGGUGAUGAAAGUGUUUCUGGAGGUCAAAACAUGGAACAAGUAAGGUGUGCUGUUGGUGCCCUGUCCAAGGCAAUAUGCGAAAGGCUGUUCAAGCGGCUGGUGGCAUGAAUUGACAGGGCUGAUACCAAGCCGUCACGGCAGUCCCUCACUGGCAUUCUUGACAUCACUGGUUUUGAAAUCCUGGAUCUAAUCACACUUUUGAAAUAUAACAGCCUUGAGCAACUUUGCAUUAAUCUUAACCAAUGAAAAAUUGAGCUCUUCAUGCAGCACACGUUUGUUCUGGAGCAAGAGGAACGUAGGAAAGAGGCACUGACUUUGUCCAUGGAUGUUGGUCUGGAUUUGCAAGCCUGCAUAGAUCUUGUGGAGAAGCCAAUGGGCAUCUUUUCCAUCCUUGAAGAGGAAUAUGUAUUUCCUCAGCCUACAGAUGUGGCUCUCAAAACCAAGCUUUUUGAUAACCAUUUGGGAAAGUCAGCUCAUUUCCAGAAGUGUGAGCCUGAUAAUAAGAAGAGAUAUGAAGCUCACUUUGAACUUGGGCGUUACUCAGGAGUGGUGCCUUAUAACAUCAGUGGCUGGCUUGAAAAGAAGAAAGAUCCUAAUGAAAGAGUGGUGACUGUUUUUCAGAAGUCAUCCAACAGACUCCUGGCAAACCUUUUUGAAAAUUAUGUCUGUACCAACAGUGCUCUACAGUAUGGGGAGAAAAAAUGCAAGAAAGGAGCUUCAUUCUAAACGGUUGCAUCUCUGCAUAAAGUCAUUUAAAACCUAAAUAAAUUGAAGACUAAUCUGAAAUCAACAAUAUCUCAUUUUGUAAGAUGCAUAAAUCCCAAAGUGAACAAAAUGCCAGGUGUAAUGGAACCUUACUUGAUUCUACAGCAGUUGCUCUAUGGUGUUUUAGAAGUGAUCAGGAUAUGCUCUGAGUUUCCAAACUGACUGCUGUGUGCUGAUUUUAAACAAAGAUACUACAUUCUGAACCUGAGGGGCUUUCCAAAGGGCAAGUCUGUGAGCAGUAGACAUGCAGCUGAAGAACUACUUGGCUCUUUGGAGACAGACCAUAUCCAGUACCACUUUGAAAUCACUAAGGCUCAGCUCUCAUCUAAAAGAUGUCUAUGGGAUGCACUUCUUUUGAUCCAGUGGCACACAAGAGCUUUCAUGGCUCUGAAGAACUGGCCCUGGAUGAGGCUCUUCUUCAAGAUCAAGCCUCCUGUGAAAUCUGCCACAAUGGGAAAGGAGAUAGCAGGACUGAAGGACGAGUGUGUGCAAGUGCAAAAAGCCUUGGAGAAAUUAGAAUUUCAGAGGGCAAAGCAAGUCUCCCUCAUCAGGGAAAAGAAUGACCUGCUUUUCAGCUGCCGGCUGUGACAAGAGACCCUGGCAAAUGUUGAAGAGCAGUGCGAAUCGCUGAUUAAAUCCAAGAUCCAGCUGGAGGCCAGAGCCAGGGUGCUGUCUGUGCAGGUGGAGGAAGAAGAGGAGAUAAAUUCUGAGUUGACUGCCAGGGGGCAGAAGCUUGAAGAUGAAUGUUCUGAGUUGAAGAAAGAAAUCGAUGACCUGGAAACAAUACUGGUGAAGUCGGAGAAGGAGAAGCGUGCUACAGGGCACAAGGUACUUUUUCUAUAAUUCAAGAACAUGACUGAGGAAGUAGAGCCUGUAAAUGAUAACAGCAAACUUAACAGAGCAGCCAAGAUCAUGCAGGAGAACCAUCGACAGACCCUGGAUGAUCUGCCCACAGAGGAGGAGAAGCUCAGCAACCUGAGCCAGGCCAAGCUGAAGUCGGAACAGCAAGUAGAUAAGUUAGUGAAGUAUGAACAUUACCUAUUUAUUUGGCUAAAUGAUAUCUCUUUUUGUCAGCUUGAGGGUGCCGUUGAGCAGGAGAAGAAAGCAAGAAUGAACUGUGAAAGGGAGAAGAGCAAACUGGAUAGUGAUUUAAAGAUGAACCGUGAGGGGCUGGGGCACCUGGAGAGGAGCCAGCUGCAGCUUGAAGAGAAGCCGAGGAAGAAAGAAUUAGGAAUGAAUCAGAUGAAUUCAAAGGUGGAAAAUGAGACAGGCCUGGUGGUUCAACUUCAGAAAAUGGUUAAAGAGCUUUAGGUAAUCAUUUGUCAGAUCCCUGAUUUGAAAGAGGCAUUGGAAGCUGAAACAACCCCUUGACCCAAGGUAGAGAGGGAGGGAGCUGACCUCCUCCAGGGGCUGGGAGACUUGCAUGAGAGGCUGGAGAGCAGGGGCGCCAGUUUGGCUCAGCUGGAGAUAACUGAGAAACAAAAAACAAAAUUCCAGAAGCUUUGCGGAGGCAUGGAAGAGGUCACACUGUCCUUUGAGGCAACUUCUGCCUCUUGGAAGAAGAGACAUGCCACGCUCCCAGGCCAGGCAGAAGACCUAUAGUAGGUGAAGCAGACAUUGGAAAAAAACAAGAGUGACUUGCUGCUAGAAGUGGAUGACAUCCUGACCACAGCUAAGCCAUGUCCAACCAUUCAUACUCAACUCCUGACUAAUGCUGAGCAGCUCUGUUCUCUGUAUGAAGAGCACUUAAAUGAAGCAAAUGUAAAACUAGAAGAAGUAACUCAGUUGGCAAAUGACCUGAAAGCACAGAAGACCAAGCUAUGUAGCAAGCUUGGCAUUGCCUACCUCCCCCUACUUAUUGGCAUUAAUUUUCUGCUCAUAUUUUUCAUGAGGAAAUUGGCUGACCUCAGAGGUACUGUGGGUUUGGUUCCAGGCCACUGCAAUAAAGUGACUAUCACAACAAGAAAGCCAGUUCCCAAGGAGGCUCUAAGACAACUUCCCAGGGAAAAGAACACCUUCACUUGGCAGACUGCAGAACUGAAAGGGCAAAUGAAUGAGUUGUCCGAAUCACAGAGUGCCCUGGCCCAUGCCCUGCAGUCAGCCAAGUGUAACCAUGACCUUCCACAAGAGCAGUAUGAGGAAGAACAGGAGGCCAAGUCUGAGCUGCUCUGGGUCCUAUUCAAAGGCAAUGCUGAAAUGGUGCAGUGGAGGAUAAAGUAUGAAGAUGACACCUCCCAGGGAACAGAAGACUUGGAGGAUGCCAAGCAGAAGCUGGCAGUUAGGUGGCAGGAGGCUGCCGGAGCCAUGGGAGUGGCCCAUGCCAGAAGUGCUUCCCAGGAGAGGGCCAGGCAGCGACUGCAGCUCGAGCUCAGGGACACCGUGUCCGACCUCAGGAAGGCCUGCUGCUCGGCAGCUGUGCUGGGACAGAAGCAGCAGCAUUUUGACAAGCGCCUCAGUGAGUGGAAGCAGAGGCACAAGGAGUCGCGGGCAGUGGUGGCCGCCUCUCAGAAGGAGGCCCGGGCCCUCAGCCCUGAGCUCCUCAAGCUCAGGCAUGCCUGCGGGGAGGACACUGGGAUGGGGUCCCUCCAGAGGGAGAGCAAGAAUUUCCAGGAAGAGAUUUCUAAUCUGACAAUCAGGUGAGAAAGGGAAACAAGAACCCAAUCCCUCAGUGAAACGGAAAAGGCUGGGAAGCAGAUCAAACAAGAGGAGAGUGACGUCCAGCUGGCACUGGAAGAAACAGAGGGAGCUCUGGAAUGUACUGAAAGCAAGAUUCUUCAUUCACAGCUUGAACUCUUGGAAGCUAAAGCCUCCACAAAAGGAUGUAAAAUAGAAAAUUUUAGGAGGAACCAGCCGUGUGCUAUUGACUCCCUGCAGUCUAGUCUGGAUUCUGAAACUAGAAGAGGAAUUGAGACAACGCAGGUGAAGAAGAACAUGGAAGGGGACCUCAGUGAGAAGGAACUCCAGCUUAGCUAUGCUACCUGGCAGGUGUCAGAGGCAACCAAAUUCCUGGGUCAGGUUCAGAUUCAAAUCAAGGACCUUUAGGGGUGGCUAGAUGACAGCACACAGAUGAACAGCCUGAAGGAGCAGGUGGCUGUGGCUGAGUGGCACAGCUCUCUUCUUCAUCUGAGGUCCUUGCAAGAGCAGGCAGAAUAGGGGCGCAGGCUGAUGGAGGAAGAGCUCCUGAAAGCCACGGAGAGAAUCCAUCUUUCCCAUACCCAGAACAUGAGGGUCCUCAGCCGGAGGAAGAAACUGGAAGUUGAUACUGCCAGGAUGCAGAAAGGAGCCGAAGAGUUGGUGCAAGGGUGUCAAAAUGCAGAAGAGACGGCCAAGGGGGCAGCCUCCGAGGGGGCAGCAAACGUAUGAGAAGAACUAAAGAAAGAACAAGACACCAAUGCCCACUGAGAGAGGAUGAGAAAGAAUAGGAAACAAAGACUUAAAAGAAGACCGCACGAAGCUGAACAGACUGCCCUGGAUGAGAGCAGAAAACAAACCCAGAAGCCAGAAUCCAGGGUAGGAGUUUGUCUGGGUCAUCACGGGGUCAUGACAGCUCCCAACUCUCGGCCUUAUUGUCCUGGAAUUUCAUAUCAGUCUCUACCUCUGUCGUCAUUUUUACUUUCAGCACUUUUAGAUCUUGGAGAGGGUCAGAUCUCAAUAUAUUCAUUCAUUCUUGUGAUGUUGGGCCACCAAGGGGGACUUUUCCUGUAUUGGAUGAGAUCUGCCUUCCCUUUACUUGCUGAGUGGGAGCACAUCAGUUCCCUCUCCCACAGCAGCUCCAGAGCACAAGCCAAUCAAUAACUUUCCAAGUAUAAGCAGCAACAGUGUGAGUUGAACGUAGCUAAAGAAAGGGCAGAGACAGCAGAGUCUCAGGUCAAUAAACUCAAGAUUGAAGCAAAAGAGUUUGGAAUAAAGGUUCCUGAAGAAUAA